UUUCUCUUGAUUGUCGACACAGCUUCAGUCGUUUCCAUCUCCGCAAUACUCAACCACAACUUCGCCUAAUUUUCUCCUCCACAACCUCCCCUCUCUCUCUACAAGUAACCAUGUAAAACCCCUAGAUAUUUACUGCAUAUAAAGGUUCUGUCAAGUUAUUGACGGCGGUCGAGCUUCACUCAAACUCUAAACCUCCUCUUCUCUCAUUAUAUCUCUCUUCCUUUAUCGUUCAUUCAUGGCUCUUGUUGAUUUCCAGCGCUUUCUCUCCCCCUUACCCUUCUCGCCAAACCCUACCAAGUAUUUUCCAAGAAAUCGAUUCCACUCUUCUUCGUUUUCUGUCAUAGUCAAAAUGAAGGCCCGAGAGACAACAGAAUCGAGUGCCGGAAAGAAUGGCAGUGCGGCGGUUGUUUGGUUUAAGCACGACCUCAGGGUCGACGACCAUCCAGGACUUGUCGCUGUGUCGCGUUAUCGGACGGUUGUUCCUCUUUAUGUCUUCGAUCACCGGAUUCUUUCGCGCUUUUCUGAUGAAAUGCUUGAACUCGUCCUUUUUGCUGUGGAGGAUUUAAGGAAGUCUAUGAAGGACCAGGGUUCUGAUCUGAUGAUCAGGUUCGGGAAUGCAGAAAAGGUCAUAGGAGAACUUGUAAAAGAGGUGAAAGCUAUCGAUGUAUUUGCAGAAGAAGAGGUAGAGUAUGACUUGAGUAUAAUGAUGGAUCUUGUUAAAGAGACCUUAGCAACUGUUUCUUUUCCAGAGGGGAGCCCAAGAAUUGUACAAUGGACCACUCCACUAUAUGACAUUAAGAAUUUGAAUGACCUGCCAGCAUCACACCAUGACUUCAAGGAACUAAAAAUCCCUGUAAUUUCCCCAAAUUUGCCCCCAAAAUUACUUGAUUUAGAGAUGGAUUUGACCUGGGGUUCUCUACCCACACUACAUGAUUUAAAGAAAUUUAUGAAUGAAAAUCUGGGAAAAUUAGAAGAUAAUUGGUCUUCAAUCAAGGAGGCUUCAGCUGAAACCAUAUUGGGAAAAGAUGAGGUUGUGCAGCCAAAUAACCUGAUUGAAGUGUUGGGUUUAUUAAAAUCAGCAGAAAGCAAUCAAAACAAUUUGAAUUACAAGUAUGCCCGAAACAGAAGAACAGAAAAAUCUGCAUUCCCAACACAAAAAGGGAAUAUAGUUGGAGGUGGGACAAGUGCUGUAUUGAAUGCAUUGGCUGCAUAUUUGAGGUACUUGGAGGGUACCGUCCGGGAUGACUGGCAGGAGGUACAUGAAAAGUUACUCAGUGUUGAAAGUCGAGAAGGAGCUUCAUUUGGUACCCUCUUUGGUCCUGCACUUUGUCUUGGGAUCAUAUCUAGAAGAAGAGUGCAUUAUGAAGCUAUCAAGUAUGAGAAAGAACGAAAUGCUGGAUUUCUGUCUCCGUUUGGCUAUUCAGCAGCCACUGUUACUGCAGCAGUUGAUACUAUUUGCUCAAUGGAGUGGUAUUGGCUAAUGGCUUCAAAAUGUCAAUUAAUUGUUGGAGGAACAUACCCUAUUCGGUUUUGGAGAUGGAAAGGCAAUUUGAUUCAGUAUACAGUUGCUGGUCAUGAAGGGCCUGCUAUACUUCUCGUGCAUGGUUUUGGUGCUUUUUUGGAGCAUUAUCGUGACAAUAUAAAUGGUAUAGCUGAAGGUGGUAACCAAGUUUGGGCCAUCACACUUCUAGGAUUUGGCAAAUCAGAAAAGCCAAAUGUUGUGUACACUGAGCUCAUGUGGGCUGAAUUGCUCAGAGAUUUCAUCAUUGAAGUUGUGAGAGAACCAGUUCAUCUUGUUGGAAACUCACUUGGUGGAUAUUUUGUUGCUAUUGUUGCUGGUCUUUGGCCUGCUUUAGCCAAGUCUGUUGUCCUAAUUAACAGCGCUGGCAAUGUUGUCCCAGGCUAUUCUUCUGUGCUGGUCUCUAAAGAAAGGAAAAGUUCAGUGGCUGCACGGUUAGGUGCGAGACUCCUUUUGUUCUACUUGAGGUUGAUAAUCAGUAACACAGUGAAGGACUGCUACCCCAUUAAAAGGGAGAGAGCUGAUGAUUGGCUUAUUAAUGAAAUGAUAAGAGCAUCAUAUGAUCCUGGUGUGGUAGUGGUUCUGGAAAGCAUCUUUGGCUUCGAUCUUUCAAUUCCUCUCAACUAUCUUCUGAAAGGAUUUGAGAGAAAGGUUCUCGUUAUACAGGGAUUGAAAGAUCCACUCUCCGACUCCAAAUCAAAGCUGGCUAUGCUUAGGGAGCACUUCAAGGGAAUUGUAAUUAGAGAAUUAGAUGCCGGCCAUUGCCCUCAUGAUGAGCGGCCGGAAGAAGUGAAUUCAAUCAUCCAGGAAUGGGUAGUGACCGUGGAAAAGAAAAUUCUUUGUGUUGAGAAAUUGUUAGAAAGCAAGUAGGAUCAAUUCUUUUAUUUGCCUUGAAAAGACCACCUACGAUCUCCCCGAAGUGUACACAAUUUAAGAUUUUUGAAUUCUAACUAGGAUCUGAAUGCGAAGGCCCCACGUUCAGAUAGAUCAAUGUGAAUAUCUGAUUCUUUUGUUAAAUA